AUGUAUUAUAUAAUUGCCUUAUUUGUAAUAGUCUUUGCUGUUGUAUUUUGGAUAGUCGCAAAAAAUAAAUCAAGAGACUAAACAACCAAUGCUGAUAAUUCGGUAAUAUUUAUUGUGGGAGAUAAAAAUGCAGGAAAAACAUCCCUAUUGUAUUGCAUAUUCAUCAGAUAUAUAUGAAUAGCUAUCAAAUUAAAAUUCAUCAAUACAAACUACUAAUUCAAUUGAACCAAAUUAAACAGAAUUAAUCAAACCAAAUAAUUAAAGUGUAAUUGUAGUAGAUGUACCAGGAAAUAAUUAUCAAAAAGAAUAGUUUUUAAAUAAAAUAUAAGAAGCAAAGAAAAUAAUAUUAGUUACAGAUUCACCAGAAACUGCAUAAAUAGGGGCAACAGCAGCUAUCUUAUAUAAUAUUUUAAUUUCUAUUCCAUUUAGAAAUCAAGAAUCCCAAUUUUGAUAGUUUUGAAUAAAUAGGAUAAAGAAAAAGCUUAUAAGGCUCCUGAUUUCGAGAUGUUUUUAUCAAGGGAAAUGUAAUUUUGCAUUAAUAUCAAUAGAGAAAAAAUAAAGAAAUCAAGAAAAGAAGUCUAGGAAUAAAGAGAGAAUACAAACGAUAGAAUAAGAGUAAUAUAUAUAUCAAAAUUUCAAACUAGUUUUAAGAGAAUUAAUUUGAUGUCAAUGAUUAUCCAACAAUUAAAACAGUGGAACAAAGUGUUAAAGAUUGUAAUAUUUAAGAAGUUUAAAAGUUUAUUUUUAAUUGA